GAUUUCGGUCCUGGAAAAGUUUCAUAUAAAAAGGAAGCUAAGACAAUGAAAACUCACAGAACUCCAUAAACUCAAAAAGAAGCUCUGGAUUCUUCUGGCUCUUUGUCCUCAAACAGAAUGGAGGCGAUUCCAAAACUUGUCGCCGGACUUCUGCUGCUGACCUUCUGCGUGGCUGGCUGUUCCAGCCAGCACUGGUCCUAUGGCCUGCGCCCUGGGGGGAAGCGAAGUGCUGAGAAUCUGGUUGAUUCUUUCCAAGAGAUAGUCAAAGAGGUUGAUCAACCCGCAGAACGUCAGCGCUUCGAAUGCACCCUCCAGGAGCCGCGCUCUCCCCUCAAGGACCUGAAAGGAGCUCUGGAAAGUCUGAUUGAAGAGGAAACUGGGCAGAAGAAGAUUGAAAUCCAUUGAAUCACAAUUGACAACACAAAUAUAAUUCUGACCUUGAAAUCUGUGACCCAUGUAACAGCUGUAAAUUGUGUGAAUUUCAGAUAUGCUUAUGCUAAAUUCACGUAUUUCAUAACGAAGUGUCGUGUUGUGAAUAAAGUGGCAUAAAUGUUAA